CUGAUUCAGACCAGACAUGAUGAAUGACAUGAUGAGGAGAAGUGAGGAGACUAUCCAAAGGUUGUCCAUUUGUUCAAUCCAUCCGCAAGUGUUGAUACUCAGCCUAUUUGGGACAGAAUCAUGCCAGACUCUGGCACUCCAGAAGUGAGUGGUAUUAUCCCUACCGAAUGAGAACUCCUAUUACCUGGAAAGUAAGGAAAUGUGCUUAGCAAAACAGCCGGCUAUGCUUUCGGGGGAGCGCUGCCUGGGGAGGGGCUAACAUAGCAGAGCGGGCCCCUGGAGCUGGGUUGGUGUUUUCCUGGCCCACAUGAAAGCCCCCAGGGAUCCAGUAUGGUGUCCAAGCCUACAAAGAGCUAGAGAUCUUCCUUUUCUGAAGGGUUUGUGUGUGUACACCCACAUGUUUACAAAGCUCAGGGACUUCACAUAAAACUCUACUGUCAUGGGAACUAGAACAAAAUGCUCCCUCAAACCUGCUUCAGAAAUCCGUGGUGGGAGAGGAAUGUAGCAGGGACCCAAAUACUAGAAAGUGUGUGAUCAGCCAAUUCUCUCCCUGUAGGCAAACCUACAUGGGAAAUGAAAGCAUAAUGAGGAGGUUGAUGGGUGAGUAUGAAUCAGAACAGAAGGUUUAGAAGAACCCUGAUGGCACUGGCCUUUAAGACAGCCUAGUGCAGCCACCUGGUCACUGUGACGCCAGUCACUAUGGCCAUCACAAGACCAGACUCCUGACCAGCCCCCACUCCCCACCAUCUCCAUUCAGGCUAGGUCUGAUUAGAGAAGACCCCUUGCCUGUCGAUGGUUGGAUUAGCCAUGCAUUGUGAUUUAAAUUCCCAUGCCCCUAUCCCCUACAGUAAGAUCAGCUGGUCAUUCAGAUAAGGUCAAACAUGUCACGCUGGUCUAGAAGACAUUUUGUGUCUUUGAAGUAGCCUUGUCUUAGUGCUGAUCAUGAAACUUGAACACUUAGCUAUUAUUUCCUCUCUUUCUGAACUUUGGGGAAACCCUCAAGAAUGGACAACAAUAAGGAGAUUUGGCUGGAGUGUGGUAAGUGCUAAGCUUAUAUUGGGUAGAAGAGGCCCAGGAUGUUGUAGAGAUGACCUGAAAGCCACUAGACCAGAGGGUAGGGGUCAUUAUUCCUUGUUCACAUUCCCAUGUAAGAUUCCUACUCCCCCUACCAAAAAAAAAACCCAACCCAUUGUCCCAUUUAUACUCCUUUCUUGUUCUUAAUUGGACCAGACAGGACACAUAAGUUUAGAGAAGAGGCAAACCACCAUCUAGUUUCCAGAGACCAAGUUACAAUGCCUAUGCCCUAGGAAACCACCCACUUCUUAAGUUGUCCCACAAUAAAGAUAGCUACCUUUGUCAUAAGCAUCCCAGGUGACCCUUGAGGUUAUGUGAGUUUGAGACCCACUACUAGAAGAAGUCAGGCUGUAGCAUGCACUUUUAAAAAAGAGUCAGGCUUGGGGUGAAGGGACACAGGACGAUGACCCUGUCAGCGUUAGGGCACUUAAACGGAGAGGCGAGGUCAGGCCUGGGACCGGGACAGCACUGGACUCCAUGACCAUACUGAAGUAGAGACUGCUGGUCUGCAGAAAGAGGCAGGAGGCUGGAACAAACAAGAAGAGAGGAGACUGCACACCAUGCUGUCCCUGAGCGAUGACAAGAGUAACCUCCUCGGUUCCUGACUUUAAAGUUCUCAAUUCCAGCCCCCUUUACAUGAGGCAGACCCUCACAGCAAGAGGAGAUCAGCCGACCAUCCCUGAAAAGCUCAAGCCCUCGGGUACGAGCCAAAUAGACAACUGUGAAAAUCUCACCACUCCACUGGAGAAUUACAAGAUGUACCACCAGGAAGACGAUACCAACAGUGACAUGACCAGUGACGACGACAUGAGCCGAAGUGGGAGAGAGACCCCACCACCUCGCCCACCCCAUUCUCUGAGCAGUGACCGUGACCAGGAGCGCAGGGGCAGGAGCAGAGAAGUGGAGCCUCGGGACCGCUGGCCAUAUACCAGAAACGCCAGAAGCAGGCUGCCUCAUCGGGAUCUUUCCCUUCCUGUGAUGUCAAGACCCCAUUUUGAACUGGACAGAGAUGAUGACAGACGCUCCAUGGACUAUGAGUCUCGUUCCCAGGAUGCUGAGUCAUACCAGAAUGUUGUGGACCGCAAAGAGGACAAGAAGCCUCAGAAUCCAAUUCAGGACAACCUAGAGAACUACAGGAAGCUGCUCUCACUGGGAGUACAGCUCGCCGAAGAUGACCGACACUCUCACAUGACACAGGGCCACUCUUCGAGACCCAAGAGAAGCGCCUACCCAAGCACCAGCCGAGGUCUGAAACCCAUGCCUGAAGCCAAAAAGCCAGCGCACCGACGCGGCAUCUGCGAGGAUGAGUCUUCUCACGGAGUGAUAAUGGAAAAAUUCAUCAAGGAUGUGUCCCGUAGCUCCAAAUCCGCACGAGCCAGGGAGCUGAACGAGCGUCCUCCUCCGCGCUUCCCCAGGCCCAGCGACAACUGGAAGGACAGUUCCUCAACCAAAAGGGAGUCGGUGAUCCAGGAGAGAGUUUCUGAGGGGAGCUCGUUCAGGGGGGGGUUCAGGGUCAACACAGAGCUGCUCAGAAACCGAGCUCAGGAGAGGAAGAGGCGUUACCACUUUGAUUCUGAUGAGAAGGGUUCAGGCCACGAGCCUAGGAGCUGCGUGCGGAAGAAGCCUUUCGAGUGUGGGAGCGAGAUGAGGCAGGCUAUGAGCAUGGGCAGCCCCAACUGCGCCCCCAGCACGGAUGCCCAGCCCAUCGAUCUGGGGGCGGACCCGUACGUGUGCGAUGAGUGCGGCAGGUCGUUCAGUGUCAUCUCCGAGUUUGUCGAGCACCAGAUCAUGCACACCAGGGAGAACCUCUAUGAGUACGGAGAGUCCUUCAUCCACAGUGUAGCUGUCAAUGAAGUGCAGAGAGGCCAGGGUGGAGGGAAACGCUUCGAGUGCAAGGAGUGUGGGGAGACCUUCAGCAGGAGCGCUGCCCUGGCAGAGCACCGCCAGGGCCACGCUAGGGAGUACCUUGCCGAGUGCAAGGACCAGGAGGACGAGGACGCCAUCAUGCCGAGCCCGACCUUCAGCGAGCUGCAGAAGAUGUACGGCAAAGACAAGUUCUAUGAGUGCAAGGUGUGCAAGGAGACCUUCCUGCACAGCUCCGCCCUGAUCGAGCACCAGAAAACCCACGGCAGAGGCAACCCGGGAGAUGACGAGCGUGAGCGUGAACGCGAGCGCAUGCGUGCACGGGCCCGGGAGCAGCGGGAACGGGAGCGCGAGCGAGAGCGCGAACUGGAGCGCGACCCCAGAGAACCCUUUCUGACCUGCCCCAACUUCGGCGAGUUUCGGAAAAUGUGCCGGAAGGAGAAGAUCUACGAGUGUAAGGUGUGUGGAGAAAGCUUCCUUCAUCUGUCGUCCCUGAAGGAGCAUCAGAAGAUCCACACCAGAGCAAACCCAUUCGACAAUAAGAACAGGGUGUGCGAGGAGACCUUCGUCCCCAGCCAGGCCCUCAAAAGGCGCCAGAAAACUUACCGGGAGAAGCUGUUCGACUUCAACAACUCCAGAGAGGCCCUGAUGGAGAGCGCAGGCCCCGGUGACCACCAGAAGAAUCGUUCUCGAAAGAAUUUCUUUGAAGGCAGGGCAUUUGAGAAGCCCUUUACCGAAUCUCAGAAGAGUCACACUAUAACGAGACCGCCUGGGAACAAAGACGAAGACAAGCCGUUCACCAUCAGCUCCAACCCUAACGACAAGCCCAAACUCCCCAGCAUGGAACACGGCGGCCAGGGGAGGCCUUUCCAGAGAUCCGUCAUUCACAGCUUGGGCCCUGCAGAGAUGCGCAGGAUUCGCGGGGUAUUCACCAAACCCAGACCGCUGGUAGAGUCUAGCACCCAGACCCCAGGUACCUUCAGCCACCCCAGAGUCCUCUCUGGAGGGAACGCCUAUGAAGGAAAGGAAUUCAAGGCAUCCGUCAUCCACAGCAUGCCUGCUCCACGACCUCUGAAACGUCACAGAGUCAAUGACCAGGUUGAGUGCAACGAGGGCGCAGAGUCCUCCAUUUUCAUCUCAGAUCUUAACAACAAGCGCCGGAAGAUUCCUACCGGAGACGACACUUACAAAGGAAGCAACGGCAACAGCAAGGACCCCAUCCUCCCGAGUGUCCCCCGGGCUGAGCCCCCAAGUCUUUCUGGAGAGUCCCGUGACUCCAACCAAGACGUCACGUUUUCAGUUCCCAGCUCCAGUGUUCGCGAACACCAGAAAGCCCGUGCCAAAAAGAAGUACAUCGAGUCCAGGAGCAACGCGACCUCUGUGAUCCACUCCCUGGGACCCUUCGGUGACCUGCAAGCCAUCCGCCGCAGACCCAAGAUCUUUGAGUGUCAGGAAUGUGGGGAGGCCUUUGCCCGCAGGUCUGAGCUCAUCGAGCACCAGAAGAUCCAUGACAGAGAGAGGCCCUCCGGAAGCCGACUUUUUGAGCGAUCUGUCAUCCGCAGCCUGGCCCCGGCCGACCCUCAGACCAGCUACGCCCAGGAGCGUUUCGUUCAGGAGCAAGUGCGCAAAUUCAGAGCGUUUGGACAGCGCUCUGCUACCAGCAACAACAGCCUCAGUGUUCAGAAGAUCUACGCCCAGCAGAAGCAUUAUGCCGAGGAACCCCAUGCUAAAGAAACUCAGAAGAUUCACGACAGAGAGCCCCAGGGUAAGCAGCCCCACGGCCAGGAGCCUCACGGCGACGAGCCCCAGGACAAGGAGCCCCUCGACCAGGACAUGCGCAGCGAAGAGACCCAGGGCGACAAGCCCCACGGCCAGGAGCCUCACGGCGACGAGCCCCAGGACAAGGAGCCCGUGGAUCAGGAGAUGCGCAGCGAAGAGACCCAGGGCGACGAGCCCCAGGGCCAGGCCAAAGUCGACGACAUCCCAAUGCAGGCCUCAAGCCCUGAGGAGCGCCAGAAGGAUGACGCGAGCGACACCAUCUACGAAUGCCAGGACUGCGGCCUGGGCUUCGCCGACCUGGCCGACCUCACCAGCCACCAGGAUGUGCACAGCCGAAAGUCUCUGGUUGACAGCCGCGAGUACGCACACUCGGAGGUGCACGUCCGCUCGGUGAGCGAAUUCGAGAAGAAGUACUCGGGAGAGAAGCUGUACGAGUGUCCCAAGUGCGGGGAGUCUUUCAUCCACAGCUCGCUGCUCUUCGAGCACCAGCGAGUCCACGAGCAGGACCAGCUGGGCUCUGCCAAGGCCCCCGACGACGGCCUGGUGGCCGUCAUGCCCGCGAGGCCCCGGAGGAACCGGGCCGCCGAGGUGAACCCCGCCGUGGCUGGCUCCGCCAUCCGCUGCCGUCAGUGCGGGCAAGGCUUCAUUCACAGUUCUGCCCUCAACGAGCACAUGCGACACCACCGCGACGACGAGGCCAUGGAGCACGGUGAGCUGGCGGAGGAGAUUUUCAUGCAGGGCCUGGCCCUCACCGAGUACCAGGGAAGCGAGACGGAGGAGAAGCUGUUCGAGUGCACCAUUUGCGGCGAGUGCUUCUUCACCGCCAAGCAGCUGGGAGACCACCACACCAAAGUCCACAAGGACGAGCCCUACGAGUACGGGCCCUCCUACACCCAUGCCUCCUUCCUCACCGAGCCGCUCAGGAAGCGCAUGCCCCUGUACGAGUGCAAAGACUGCGGCCAUUCCUUCCUAGACGACACCGUCGUGGCCGAGCGGAUGGUGUUUCACCCCGAGCGGGACGGCGCAUCGGACAUAGUCGCCGCCACCGCCCGAGAGGUCGAAGCCAACGUCCUCAUUCCACAAGAGGUCCUGAGGGUCCAGGGGUCCAAUGCCGAGGCCGCGGAGCCCGAGGUGGAGGCCGCGGAGCCCGAGGUGGAGGCCGCGGAGCCCGAGGUGGAGGCCGCGGAGCCCAACGGAGAGGCCGAAGGGCCAGACGGAGAAGCGGCGGAGCCGGACGGAGAAGCCGAGCAGCCCAACGGAGAGGCGGAGCAGCCCAACGGCGAUGCCGAUGAACCGGACGGAGCCGGGAUCGAAGACCCAGAAGAGCGAGUCGACGAGCCCGAGGAAGAGGUUGAAGAGCCCGAGGGAGAUGCGGAUGAGCCCGACGGAGCAGACGUCGGAGACCCAGAAGAAGAAGGAGAAGAUCAAGAGAUCGAGGUCGAAGAACCGUUCUACAACUGCCACGAGUGCACGGAAACCUUCGCUACCAGCGCAGCCUUUGGCGAGCAUCUCAAAAGCCACGCCAGCGUGAUCAUCUUCGAGCCAGCCAACGCUCCCGGGGAGUGCUCCGGCUACAUUGAACGCGCCAGCACCAGCGCCGGUGGCGCCGAGCAGGCCGAUGAGAAGUACUUCAAAUGCGACGUGUGCGGGCAGGUCUUCCACGACCGCCUCUCCCUCGCCAGGCACCAGAAUUCUCACACUGGCUGAGAAUCCAGGCCGAGGGAAAAACAACAACAAUAACAAAACCAAACCUUCCUCCCAGAACCAGACCCUUAACAAAUCACAGAGAGAGCCUACACCAACCCAUAAUGUUAAUAGAAACCCGCCUUGCUAUACCCAUGCCGGACUUCUCAUCGAAUCACGCAGACUGAAACCAAAAAGAGAUUGGAUGCAGACUCUUUUUGGUCUUGGCUCUUCCCUUCCGAACACUCGGGAAAGCUAGAGCCCACAUUUCACUCUUCAUCUGAGUAACUAGAUUGAGGGAAAACCCAGUGACUGACUAUUCGGGACCACAGAGGUUGCCCCAAUCGACUGUAAAUGACACUCCUCUCAUACCCUAUACAUAAUGACUCCUGCCGUGUACAUAGAUGAGCAAACCACAGUGAACCCAUGAUACAUAUAUAUUUGGAUUUAGUGUGCUAUAGAAUUUACAGUUUACUCGACAGAGCUACCUAGCCCGGUGCUCUGAAUUUUUUUUUCCCUGAGGAGGAAGAGAGCAACAAUUUAGCAUAUAUUCAUAAGUGUUGUCCAUCCUGCGGAAGCUUUACUGUGCACCGUUUGAACCCCAUUAGUAUCCUCCCCAGUAAUGGACCGUUUUCUCCCCUACCUCUUAGAUAGUCCUGUGAAGGUGUGAGUGUGAGACGCCGCGUGUCGUUAAGUCCUGGCUGCGUGAAAACAGACAUUUUAGCUCCCACACGCAGCCACUUGGUGUGCUCCCAACCCCCUUGAGACUGACUGUGUAACCCUUUCCAGUAUGUGGGUUUGUCUCUGCGGCCCAACCCAUCACCACAUUUUAUAUACCUUACAGUGGUUUUCAUGCAAAAAAAGAAACAAAAAACAGAAAAACAACAACAAAAAAAACCCACCCCAUGUUACACAUUUGAGGUGUUCUUUAAGGUUUGGGUUCCUGUUUUCUAACCAAUUCAUCGUGUGUUUGAUAGUGAAUUCGUGAUACCUGAAGCUUUGCCCUGUAAAUCUUAAUGUCUUUGCCUUUAAAGAGUGGGUGACAACCAUCGCUAGAUCACAGCAGUGCCUAAUGAAGGUUGGGAACCACACGAGAGGCUCUUACAGUGUAGAUAAGGAAGCAGGCCGGCAACCUUUCAUUAGCUCUGCUGUGCGCUUCCUGCCUUAAAGUGACAAGUGGCAGUGUCGUCCUCGUCCUCGUCCUUGAGUCACCUGCGUGCUGUUGUAUGUGCUUGCCACAAGUCAGUGUGCUCCCGGGGUGCCCAGGAGCCCGUAUCCUUAGAUCUCUGUGUCCCCACACUUAACCCCCUGUCCUCGCUGUGUCUGUCAACCCUAAGUCAGACUUGCAUUUUAAAAAAGCAAACACACACACACACACACACACACACACACACACACACAAGCUUUCUUUAUAGUUAAUCCUAGCUUAACAUGGACUCAGGUUCCCCGGCAGCCUUAAUUUCUUUUUGUUACCAUUGUUCUUUCUCAUUGAGCCCUCCUCAGUAUUGCUGAGCUUUCCAUUCGGUGUCCCGUGUGUCUGUCCGGAUGUCAGCAGUUGUCCUCUUGAUCACAAACUGACUUCCCAGCUUGAGAUUUCCUGCGUCCUUCUAUGGAUUGCCUGCGCUCCUUUACUUCCCCUCCCCUCGCAUAAUGGCUAUAUAAAGACAAUUUUUUGGCCUUCUGUUGGCUGGGGAAAAAAAAAUUUAAAAAGUUUUAAAAAAUUAAAAAAAAAUAAUGAAGUGGAUCUGUAGCUGAAAGAUCGAAAGCCGUGUACAGAUCAUCUGAGAGAGAGAGAGAGAGAAGUGAGGUGCCUGCUGAGGAAAGGGGUCUGACUCUUUUAGGCCUCUAGAUCUGUAGGACUGGGGCUCACGGGGAGCGUGCCACCGCCUCAAGGAAUGGCAACGUCCUUGGAGGUUGAUGAGCGAUGGGCAAGAACGCAGCGAGCCAAAGAGGGGAGUCCCGGGAUGACAGCAGAUCUAGGAAGGUGACAAGACAGACUAGAGAAAGCACCCUCAGCAGGGGCUGAAGGGCAGGUGGUGAGAAGGAGUUGAAAGAAGUGUCCUGGGUCGUUGGAAGAAAGGCCUUCUUGGUGGCAUGGCAUGGGUGAAGACCAGCUGCAUAGAGAGACCCCACGUAGGAACGGACAUCCAGGGAAACGGAGGCAAUGGUACGUUGGGGGAGCACCCUUGAAAUGGAAGUCAGCAUUGAUACCAUCUGGGGAAGUCUGGGGAUUCGUUAUCAUUGACAGUGUUACCCCACUAGCUCCUUUUUAGAAAGCAACUCGUCAAGAAGUCUGAGUGUCCACUCUAACCAUAACUGAGUGAGUAGAAGAUUAGGAACAACUGGAAUGCCAGACUGUAGGAGAAGAAUUAUGUCGAAGUGCCCUGGAUUCUGAUGCAGUUGUUUAAAAGCGAUAAUCAGGAAGAGUUGGGUAGUGGAUAUUCACAGGAUAGGAGGUGGAGAAGGCAGGACACAAAAAUUAUAUUUAUACUACAAUUAUAACUGUUUUAAAAUGUACGCUUAUAGUCAAAAGCUAUUGUGUUGUUGUAGGCUUAUAGUCGAGCAUUAUUUUCUUAAAUUUCUAGAAUGUUCUUUAUGGUAGUGUUACUCAAAAGUUAAGGAUCACAUUUCCAUCAUGAACAUAAUUGGAGUUAAUUAAUGAAACAUGGGAAAUAACAGAAAAGUGGAGGAAAGAUAAUCCAUGUCCCCACCAUCCAAAGAUAGAUAUACUCCUUAAUAUCUUGUUUUUCUUGUUGCUGUGCACAGGUUUAUAUAUUCUAACUGUGUCAAAAUGUGUAUUCAAGAUAGUUGUUCUAGUACUCCUGUGUAAUUACGGUAAAAUACCUUGAUCUGUAUGCUCCCUGUAAUAGUCUCCUGAUAAUAAGGCUUAGUAUGUAAUGCCACCAUUAUAAGCAUACUAUGUACCCGGUGAAAAAUUGGAAAAUACAGUAAAAUUGAACAGAAAAAUCUGUCCCCAUUCCCCACAUCCAACAACUGUUAAGAUCUUCACCUGUGUCCUCCACCUUGUGUCAUCGCACAAACUUGUGAUUAAAACAGUGUUAAAUAGAUUUGCGUAACGUAUAAAACAAAAAGAAACAUGGGAAACAAUUAAAAAUAGUGUUGGGGGGUGGUUCAUGGGUAAAUACUUUGUUCCAAAUUUCUUGAAUAAUCUUUGGUGUCUGGGUAACAAACUUUAUGUAUGUAUUCUGCAUCACAAGUAUAAGACAUACUCAAAGAAAACUGGGAAAACUAGUGAAGGAGAAAAAAAACCAUCUGUUUUUCCAACAAGUUCCUGGUAACACCUGGAUCUGUGCACCACGUGUGUGAUUAUUAGGGUGUCCACCGAAAAGUACAUAGUGUCAACAGACGGAAGAAAAGUGGAGAAGUGCGGAAUAGCGGGGGUUGACUGUGACAGGAUUACAGUGAAGUGUGUUUUCUCAGUUUCUUUGAGGGGUCUUUAACAUAGUGUUCAAGUAGGCUGCCCUUAUUGCUUAUAUUUCCAUUAUAUAUGCAGUAUGUGUCCAUCCUAGUAGCCUCGAAGAUGUGGAACUGUAGAAGAGAAACUCACCCAUAUUUUCAUCACCCAAAGACUGUGUUAACAUCUCAAUAUAUUUUCUUUGUCUUGUUUCUGUGCACAGGCUUUUGGUUUGUUAAUAUGGUUGUAGUUGUUCUAUAUUGUAAUAGUGUCAACAAUAAAAAUAAAGUUAAAAAUAA